AUGUAUUUCAUAUUUUUUAUAAUCGUUCGCAUUGCUGACGCAGUUGGAAGUGAGCAACUACGCCAUGAAGGCGCUUUCAAGCAAACAACUGAUGAGCAACGGCUUUUGCAUUACUUGCUAAAGGAAUACGAGAAGGCCGUGAGGCCCGUGAGAAAUGCUUCAAAUACCGUAGUAGUAAAGUUAGGCCUGACAAUGACUAAUAUAUUUGAUAUGGAUGAAAAAAAUCAAGUGUUAACAAUGAAUGUCUGGCUAGAGCAGGCUAGUACUACUAUUUCCCUUAUUCAGGAGUGGAAAGAUGAAUUAUUAGUUUGGGAUCCAGAACAAUUUGAUGGCAUUAAAUCUAUUCGGGUGCCAUGUAAUCUAAUAUGGUUGCCUGAUAUUGUUCUUUAUAAUAAUGCUGAUGACUACACAAACAAUUAUGUGCCUUCACGGGCGAUGUUAUUUUAUGACGGUACUGUAUUUUGGCCUCCUCUAACACAACUUCGAAGCACUUGUAAAAUUGAUGUUACUUAUUUUCCGUUUGAUAGCCAACAAUGUGGACUUAAAUUUGGUUCAUGGUCGUAUGAUGGCUUACAAGUGGAUAUUAUAAAUCGUAGCCAAAAUAUUGACUUGAGUAAUUAUGGGGAAUCUGGAGAAUUUGAUUUAAUACGAGUGUUCCAGAAACGUAGAACUGUUAAGUAUACAUGUUGUCCAGAACAUUAUCCAGAUCUAACAUUCUAUAUUUACGUGAGACGAAAGACUUUGUAUUAUUUGUAUAAUAUUGUAUUUCCAUGCUCAAUGAUGUCUAUUUUAACACUUCUUGUAUUUUUGCUUCCACCUGAUUCAGGUGAAAAAAUAGCACUAGGCAUCACUGUACUUCUUGCAUUUUUGGUAUUUGUGAUUGCAAUAGCAGAAAAAAUGCCAGAGACUAGCGAUUCAGUGCCCUUAAUAGGAAUUUACCUAACUGUUGUGAUGCUUAUGACUAGCAUCUCAGUAGUGAUGACUGUUGUGGUACUCAAUUUUCACCACCGCGGUCGAUUUAACCAGCCUGUACCGGAAUGGAUCCGUGUGAUUGUCUUGAAAAAACUACGAAAUUAUCUGAACAUGAAAUUAGAGUACUCAUCAAAUAAAAAUAAUAAACUGCUCAUGCCGAAUGGUCAAAUCCGCAGUUUGAGUUCACAAAAAACUACUCGUGAGAAUUUUUUGGCAUUACUUGUAUCAAAUAAUAAUCAUCAUCAUAAUCAUAAUUAUGAUGAUGACGAUGAUCUUAAUCAUCGGCAAUUUGCGAUCAGUUAUGAUGUAUUCUAGGC